UCCAAAUACCUUACGGAGUUAGUCGUAUACCCUCGGCUAAGUGGACAUCAUAGAUUCCGGCAUUUGGGGUCUCUUUCUCCAGCCUAAAUCACCAAAAAACGACUCUGAACCCCCCCUCCCUCUUGACUUCCCCCCAAUUGAACCUGCCUCGUGAGCCCCAAAGAUCACCAUGGCUUCGAUUGUGCGACCCUCCCUUCUUCGGCAAACCGCCACGGCGGCUCGCAUGGCCCAGACCACCCCGAUCCGCUCCGCCUUCGUCAAGAACUCGACAAGAGCUACGGCCUUUCACACCACGACCAAGAGGCAACUGCUGCCCGUCGGACCCCAGGUCAUUGACGGUGGAGUCAACAAGCCCGCCCCCGUCCCUCCCCCAAGCCCCGCUCACGGCUCUUACCACUGGACCUUCGACCGCCUUCUCGCUGCUGGUCUGGUCCCCAUUACCAUCGCCCCCUUUGCUGCCGGCUCCCUCAACCCGACGACCGACGCUCUCCUUUGCGCCAUGAUCCUCAUCCACUCUCACACCGGCUUCCAGAACAUCAUCAUCGACUACGUGCCUACCAAGCACUACCCCAAGUCGCGCAAGGCUACUAUGUGGGGUCUGAACCUGGCUACUGCCCUCGUUGGCCUCGGCCUGUACGAGUUCGAGACCAGCGACGUUGGCGUCACUGAGGCCAUCGCACGUCUCUGGAGGGCGUAAGGGUUGUAGGGUUUUCUCGUCAUUAGGGGGGAGCUGCCGCUCGGAAAGCACCCUGGUCAAAAUGACCCCAAACCGUAGCCCACCACUUAUGUCGAGCGGUUGAAAGUGCGCAGCGGGACGCGUGCUAUGCUGGGUAUCAGAGUUAAUAAAGACGCUGGUGUCAGCGUAUUGUAUGUGUGAUUCAGGGGCGCUACGGUUUAGAAUUGGAAUGGCUA